AUGGGUCACUGCAGUCGAAAGCUAGGCGGGCUGGCGGCACACCCCACCAACCACGAGAUGUGCUCGGUUGGCGACGACCAAAGCAUUCGCGUAUGGGACCUCAUCCACCAUCGCAAUCUUCGCAUGGUCAACUUGGACGCGCCCGCUCGAUCGUGCAUGUACUCUCCCGACGGGGUGUCGUUGGUCGUGGGCGCGCAAGACAACUCGAUUUACAUCUACGACGUCCCCAACGAAUACGCCAAGCGCGCCACCUUUACCAAGCACAAGAGGGUGUGGGAUUUGUACCGGCAUCGGUGUGUGCUGAAAAUGGCGCUGGACACGGCAUCUCGCGCCGUCGCAAUCGGCACAAGAAGGAUGGUACGCUCCUGA